AGGGGGGUAUGCACCUGACCCUGGGCCCGGGGACUGUCCCCUCCGACUGCUGCCCAAGAGGGCUGCAGCUCACCGCCCCGCUCUGCAGCCUUGCAGGUUGCCCAACCGCACCUAAGUGGACAAUCUGUGUUAUUUCUUUGGCUACUGAAGAUUGAUUUGCGGCGCUGUUGCACGGUGUUGAAAGGACGCAUGAAGAAGGUGAUGCUCAGGGGUUGCUCCUGGCUCUGCACUCGGGAAUCACUCCUGGCGAUGCUUGGGGAACCACAUGGGAUGCUGGGGAUUGAAUCCGGAUCGGCUGCAUGCAAGGCAAACGUCCUACCUGCUGUGCUAUUGCUCCAGCCCCAAAUUCUAACAUCUUGAUUAGAAAUGUCAUUCCAUCAACUUAGCUUUGCCAUCUCAUUUUUCUCAAGGAGCUGAAGUGGCCAUGGUACUUGUUAGAAGACACGAAACGAGGAAAAGUUCUAAGACGCAAGAGCCGGAGCAGAUAUCACGAGUGGACUGGAGGCGGACCAAAAGAAAUAGCCUCUCCCAGUUACUGGACAGUGAUGAAGACCUGGACAGCGAUGAAGACCUGGACAGUGGCGAAGAGCUGGACAGUGACCACAGCACUGGCAGCGAUCAUGACACAGAGCUCUGCAGUGACAAGGGGCGGGACAAGGAGUCAGCCCUGGGAAGUGACUUGGAAUCUGCCACCGUGGAAAGUGAGAGAAACACAGACACCCACAGCAGUGCCAUGGGCCAGGAGGAGAGCAAAGUAGACGCCUGCAACCCCCAACAGCCCUCUGAACACGGGACAGCAGGAGGCACCCUGGACGAGGAUCUAGAUGAGGAAGAGCACAUCCGGUGCGGGAGGAGGAAACGGGCAUCCUUGGUGAUGGAUGACAGCGACGACAGCGAUGGCAGCGACAUCCUGGUGCGGAAGGCGGGCGGGAAGCGCCCGCGGAGAGUGGUGGAGGACGAGGCGGGCAGCCCGGGCCAGGCCCUGGCGGCCAGGAGGCGCGCGCAGCUGCAGAGGCUGCAGGAGUUGUCCAGGCAAAGGGCCCGCCGGGGACGUCUUGGGAGCCGCGACGCGCAGGACUCUGAAAAGGAAUCACGCCAGAGCAGUGAUGAGAAUGGGGAGGAGGACAACGAGGAAGAGGACAACGAGGAAGAGGAAAAUUUAGAAUAUGGUGACGACGGGGAUGAUUACAUUAUUGAUGACUUUGUAGUGCAAGAUGAGGAGGGUGAAGAAGAAAAUAAAAGCCAGCAAGGAGAAAACCUGACCACAUCACAGCUGAAAUUAGUGAAGCAGAAUUCCCUUUAUUCCUUUAGUGACCACUACACCCAUUUUGAGCGCGUGGUGAAGGCCCUGCUCAUCAAUGCUCUGGAUGCCUCCUUUCUGGGCUCGCUGUAUGAUGGCACCAGGCAGAAGACCUAUGCGCAAGACAUGCUGACAUCGCUCCAUUAUCUGGACAACCGCUUCGUCCAGCCCCGUCUGGAGAGCUUGGUUUCUAGAAGCCGCUGGAAAGAGCAAUACAAGGAGCGGGUGGAGAACUACUCCCAUGUCGCCAUCCACCUGAGGAGCCCGGAGACGUGCGGCUGCCAGGCAUGCGGGCUGCAGCGCCUCUGCCGCUACUCGGUGCACCUGUCUGGGAGGCUCUACAAUACCAAGACCAUGGAGACCGACGACUUUAUGUCGCACGACAAGCAGGUGUUUACUGUUGGCAGGAUUUGUGCCAACCGCACCCAAAUCUAUCAUGCACUGAAGCACUUUAAGUUCAAACUGUACCAGGAAUGUUGCUCCAUCGUGAAGACAGAAGAGGUGGAGAAUGAGCAGGUUAAAGAGACAGUGGAAAGAAUUUUCAAUCAGUCCAAAGAAAGUGGCUGGAUUAAGGAGAAAUACAGCCAACUUCAAGACUAUCUCAACUCUGCAGAUUACUUUCAAGAUGAGAAGUUUGAAUUGUGACUACGUUUCCUCCAGAGAAGCCUUUAUGAAUUCCUGUAAAUACAAUGAUGAUCAAUCUUGUUUCUCUGUCCCCUGUAACAUACCUGUACAUUUUAUGCGUAUCUUUGUGGCAGAAUAUCUCAUCUAAGCAUAUGUUCAUCUUUAUCUCCAUAAAAAGGCACUCUGCAAUCUAAUAAAACUUUAAUCUGCAAUGCAUGUAAAACACAAUCUGAUUAAUUUUUAAACCCGUGUUGUCUGCAGCUCUGCCUGUGUGUGUGGAUCCAUCACACUCUUGUUCGGCACUCGAGCUGCUCGUGCUCUGUUCAGUAGAGAAAAGACUAUUUUUAAAAUGCAGACUAAAAUCUCCCUGCAUUUACGGCUGAAUCCCUGCCCGGGUCUGUGCAUUACUCUUUCGCAACACUAAACGAUCUUCACUCGCUGACUUUUUACUAUCAUCACCUAAACCAGUGGCCAUGGGGGAGGCUGUGGCUUUUCCUUCCUUGACAGACCUUGGCCCCAGCAGCAGACUGUGCCCCACAUGUCCACCCUGAGGCUCCUACAGCUUCUCUGGGUUUCCCGUAGAGCUGGGUGUGGGCUAUCAGCAUUCCAGCCUCACUCAGGACCCUCCACAUGAGAUAUGUCUUGUGUUUUGAAUGCUUAUUCAUUUUUAUAUUUAAUUCCUAUUGUGGACUGGAGCAAUAGCUCAGCCAGCAGGGCAUUUGCCUUGCAUGUGGCCGAACCGGGUUUGAUUCCUCUAUCCCUCUCAGAGAGCCGGGCAAGCUACCGAGAGUAUCCCGCCCAUAUGGCAGAGACUGGCAAGCUCCCUGUGGCAUAUUCAAUAUGCCAAAAACAGUAACAAGAAGUCUCACAAUGGAGACUUUACUGGUGCCUGCUUGAGGAAAUUGAUGAACAGUGGGAUGACAGUGCUACAGUGCUACAGUAUUCCUGUUAGGCUUGAAACACAGUUAAAAACAAUUUAAACUCAGAAUUGUGCUGCUGAGCACAACCCGGCAAUUCCACUUCUAGGUAUCUAUCCAAAGGCUGAAAGCAUCAUUUAGAACAAAAAUUCUGCAUUCCUGUGUUCAUUGCAACACUAUUCACAGUAGCCAAGAUCGGGAAACAACCCAAGUACCCCAGAACAGAUGAGUGGAUACAGAAAGUGUGGCAUGUCUCACCUAAUGGAAUACUAUUCAGCAAUAAGGAAAAUGAAAUUGCGCAGAUUGGCACUAAGUGGAUGGAACUAGAGAGAAGGAGAGGCACAGGUGCAGAACCAUCUCCCACCUGGCAGAUGUAAAGAGACACAGGGAGGGAACAGCAAAUGGUCAAAAGCGUCACCGAUUGAGUCAAUCUCCAGAUCUGAGCUUACUUGGAGUGAAAGGAGAGGAGGGCGGGAGGGUCCUUGGAAUGUUACCAGGGUAAGUAGGCACUGUGGUGUUGGCAUGAUGUAGGCAUGACACUCAUUGAACACUGUUGGAAAUCACAGAUGCGAAUGAAAAGGAAAGAAUAGUUUCUUAGUCUGUGCAUAGCUUUACACAACUCACU